AUGACGAGUUCUAAUACGUUUGCUGACCUACUUCGAGAACAGGAGGAAGUGGGAGGAUGGAUUCAACGCUUCUGGAACAAUGUGUGUAAACUGGGGAAGGACAAAAUCACGUGGGCCGUACUGGAGCACCGCAAGGGACUGCUCGAGCGUUACUGGGACAACUUUAUGGCCGAACAUCGCAAGUUAAUGCGUUGCCAAGAAGCUAGCGCGAGCGCGUACGUACAACAGGACCUGUUCUCCGUCGUAGAAGAGGCUUACCUCCAGGCGGCAGCCAUGAUUCUGCAGUGCCAAACCGACCGCUCGUGUCCAGGCUCACCAGGCGGUCGACAAGCUCCUUCCGAGGUAACUAGGCAGCUUCAACUUCCAAAAAUUGAACUGCCGACGUUUUCAGGCGAUCCGCUGAAAUGGGAAAGUUUCCGUGACUUGUUCCGAAGCUUGGUUCACGACGUGGAACACUUACCCGACGUUCAGAAGCUGCUCUAUCUGAAGUCGAGCUUGACCUAA